CUUUUAAAACAAUGUACGUAACCUAGAAAUAAGCAGUGGUAUAUUUAAAGUAAAUUAAUGUCAUUGUUAGCACAUUUUAGGAACCACGACGUCAGCUUUAUAAAUAUUACUCAUUAUCAAUUAUUCAGGUCUUGCUUAGUGUCUGUCAUUGAAACAUCGUGGUGCGCACAACAUGACAGAAGCUAACGUUACGCAGCUGUGUCCUAGCUAGCAUUGUAAGUUGGAUUUUUUAAGUUCUGUUAAUUGUCGCGUUGUUAGAUAGAUUAAAAUCGUUAAAUAUGUUAACUUCUGUCGCCUGUUCGUGUGUGCGAAACGGGAGGAAAGUCUCGGUCCCUGUAGCUAAGUUGUCCCUCUUUUCAACGGUUAAAAAGUCGACCAGAACUCUGAAUGUAACAGGGGUACACGAUUUGUCACGACACCGGUUACCCGGACUCCUCACGCCGACUCCCUGGCAGCUGCUGUCCGCCAGAUCUGUGUCCCUAUCAGCCGCUUCCCAUGGGGGUGCAGACCCUCCGGGCUCACCUUCAACCCCAGCCGAGAGCGACCCACCAGACAGGGAGAACUUCGGCUCCCUCUCCACCGACAUGUCCUCCAGGAGGUCGUUCAAGAAAAUGAGCCCAUACAUCCAGGACCUGCAGUAUCGAGAGGAGGACGAUAAUGGUGGUAAAGAGCCGGUGAGACCUCGCAGGAGGCCCGGGACGAGAAACACACCGUACUGGUACUUCCUACAGUGCAAGAGGCUGAUCAAAGAGAACAAGCUGCAGGAAGCUUUGGAUGUGUUCAGCAGGGACAUGCUGCAGGGAGAGAGGCUGCAGCCGGAGGAGUUCAACUACACUGUGCUGAUUGGAGGCUGUGGUCGAGCUGGACAGCUGAAGAGGGCCUUCAGACUCUACAAUGAUAUGAAGAAACGAGGUCUAGAUCCCACAGAUGCCACCUACACCGCCCUGUUUAAUGCCUGCGCUGAGUCGCCAUUCAAACAAGCAGGUCUCCAGCAAGCGUUGAAGUUGGAGCAAGAACUCCGUCGUAAAAACCACCCCCUCAGCACCAUCACGUAUCAUGCCCUCCUCAAGACACACGCCAUCACCAACCACCUUCAAGCCUGCAUUCACACGCUCAGGGAGAUGCUGCAGAACGGCCAUGCUGUAACUCGGGAGACGUUUCACUACUUGCUGAUGGGCUGUUUGAAGGACAAGGAAACUGGAUUCAGACUGGCUCUACAGGUUUGGCGGCAGAUGCUGAGAUCAGGGAUUACUCCAGACUCAAAUGACUAUAACCUGCUCCUGCGAACUGCCAGGGAUUGUGGGAUUGGCGAUGUCGCCCUCACCACUGGUGUGCUGCUGCAGCCUGGCCAGAAGUACGAGAGGGAUCGUGCAUCACGUGUGAAGUCAGAGUCUGGAUGUAAGGAUGUGGUAGACAUUGACCUCUUGGAGAGGCAGUUGUUUAUCCAACCUGAUCCACGCAGUGCGAGUCAGCGGGACAGCAGAGACGGUGAGGAGGAGCCCUACAGCAGACAAGAAUCAACCCAUUUAGUACCAGUCAGACAAACAGAAACCAUCACGCUGCCUGUUGACUUAGCAAGUGAAUCUGCAGCCCCUAACCUGCUGGACAUUUUUGAGGGUAAGAGCAGCGGUGUGGUGUCCCUUGGCACCGUGGAUGGACCCACAGAUAGGCUCGCCCUCAUUGGUGGAGCAGAGGGUUUCCUGGAGAAGAUGGCGGCUAACAAACUGAGUCCAGACCUCAAAACAAUGACUCUGCUGGCCGACACGAUGGAGCCGAGCCACCAGUCUCUGCAGAUGCUGCUGAAAGUCGCCAAGCAGCACAAAGUGAAGCUCGAUGUCGCGUUCUUUAACUCUGUGAUUCGCAAAGCAGCUAAAGCUGGUGACCUGGAGGAGGCAAAGUCUGUGCUGAGUGUGAUGCGACAGCGCAACGUAAACGUGGAUGCGCAGACAUUUGGGAGCCUUGCUUUCGGCUGUGAGCAACAGCAGGACGGGCUGCAGCUGCUGACAGACAUGGAGGAGGCGGGAUUUAAGCCUAACAUCCAGGUGUUCUCUGCUCUGAUUGGCCGAGCAACUCGAAGACUGGAUUACGUCUACCUUAAAACAUUGCUGAAAAGUAUGAGAAGCAUGGGGGUGUGGCCUAAUGAGGUCAUCAUCAGACAGCUGGAGUUUGCCUCACAGUAUCCCCCCAACUAUAACAAGUACAAGUCCAGAAACAAAUACCUUGACCAAAUCGAUGGUUUCCGUGGUUACUACCAGCAGUGGCUGAGAGACAUGCCUGCUCAGGGCGCUGAGGACGAUCGGGCAGGGCUGCAGUCUGUGGCGGAUGCUGCAGUGUUAAAAACAGAAGCUGAAGACGGACUGACAGAGAACCAAAGGAACCAGAGGGCAGCAGCGAGGAGAUAUAACUCUCGUAAGAAGGACAAGACGAGCAGCGCUGCUUUGUGACAGCACUCCUGAAUAUAUCUCUCUUUUCUCUCCUCCGUCCUCUGAUGGUGUGUUUGUAUGCAGCUGUGUAACACUGGACGGACUCUGAGUUGAAGUUGCAGCUCCAUCUUCUGUCAGUUAACUUAUGGCAGAUGUGUUUUUCUCCAAAGACUGAACAACUGUAAUUUUCUAACACAAUUAAAGACUGUGUAUUACACUAUGUUUUGUUUUGAAAUCACAUGCAAGAUGCACAUUGCUCAUUGGUCUUUGCAAGUUCACUGGGAGAUGAGGUGUAUCAGAUCAGGUUUUUAAAGUUAUUUUUUUUCUUCUCAGAACAGACUCAAACAAAAAAAUUAAUUUAAUGAGCCUUAUUUGAAGGAUUUGGAAGAGUGUUGAGGGGCCAUGGCAGGGUAUCAGGGUUUUAUACUUUGUCCUAUUGAACUGUGAAAAGUGUGCAUUUGCAGAAUCAACUAUGAUCAAAUGAUGAUAUGUAAUCAUCUAAAAGUACUGCUUGAAACUGAAAUCUCAAAGGUUGAGGCAUCCUUGCAGUCUGAUAGACUAAAAUUUAACGGGAUGAAACUGAACAAAUGUGUCAGCGAUGGACUAUGUUAGCAAUAUCUUCUUAAAAGAGGCAACCUGGAUCAUGUUGUGCUUCAACAGAGCAGAGGAAAUCGGUUGUUAGUUGUAACAAUUUUGUAAAUAAACUUUCUAAAGAACAAGUAAAAGAGAGGCUUAAAAAUACUGUAUGUG